AUGGCAGAGAUGCGAGAGACCCCCGGCGGCGAGCCGUUUCCUCCCCUCGCCGAUGUUGCCGCCGCCGCACACGAAGGUCCCUCUCCCAAGAUCAAAGGCCGUCAGAGACUGCUGCGAGGGAUUCAGCGCAUCUCCUCGUCUCAGUCCCUCACUAGCCUGCGCCGCGGCCGGUCCGCCAGUAGUCCCUACCAUGGUGGGAGUCGCACCUCGCUGUCCUGCGUAAGCCUAGCCGGCGUCCCUUCCCAGACGCCCCUUCGCUACGGAACACCCCAGCCCUCACCACUCGUGCGAUCUGAUACACCAGACGUUGAGUUUCCCUUUCACGACUGCGUCGAGGAGCAGCCGGGCGUCAGGACCGUCCGGGUGAUCCCCAACUCGAGGCCCUCUACCGCCUUGCUGCCCGCCGACCUGCGCGUCCAGUCCAAAGCUGCCUCGAAGCCGCCGUUCCCAUUCUGGGAGAAGAUGCCCCAGGAAAUCCGCAUUGCCAUUUUCGCCCACCUGGAGCCCACGGAGCUGGUCCGGGUCUCGCGCGUCAGCAAGACCUUUUACAAGUUCUGCUUUGACGGCCAGCUCUGGACCUCGUUCAAUGCCUCCGAGUUCUAUCAGAAUAUUCCCGCCGAUUCGUUGGCCAGAAUAAUUGUUGCUGCCGGCCCAUUCAUCAAAGAUCUCAAUCUGCGUGGCUGCGUCCAGGUGGAGCACUACCGACGCACCGAAGCCAUUGUCAAGGCCUGCAAGAACCUCAUGAAUGCUACCCUCGAAGGCUGCCGCAACUUUCAGAAGACGACAUUGCACAAUUUGCUUCGAAGCAACGACAAGUUGGUCCAUCUCAACCUUACUGGCCUCUACGCCGUGUCCAAUUCGGCAUGCCGAAUUGUCGCCGAGCACUGUCCCCAGUUGGAGAGCUUCAAUGUGUCUUGGUGCCAAAAGGUCGAUGCGCGGGGUAUCAAACUGGUCGUCGACUCCUGCAAGCGCCUUAAGGACCUACGUGCUGGCGAGGUAAAGGGCUUCGACAACCUGGAGACGGCAGAGUCCAUCUUUACGACCAACAGCCUUGAGCGUCUGGUGCUGAGCGGCUGCGCCGACCUCAGCGAUGAAGCCUUGCAAAUCAUGAUGCACGGCGUGGACCCAGAAAUUGAUAUCCUCACUGAGCGGCCCAUUGUCCCAUCUCGAAAGCUUCGUCAUCUGGAUGUCAGUCGAUGCACCCACCUCACCUCUGCAGGAGUCAAGGCCAUUGGAUAUGCCACACCCGAGCUAGAGGGCCUGCAACUGUCGGGCUGCAAGACCCUAACAGACGCAGCCCUGGAACCUAUUCUCGCCUCCACGCCUCGUCUUACCCAUCUCGAACUAGAGGAUCUCGGUGAACUUACCAACUCUCUGCUUUCUGAACACCUCGUCAAGGCUCCUUGUGCCACCUCUCUCCAACACCUCUCGCUGAGCUACUGCGAAAAUAUUGGUGACGUGGGUGUGCUGCCCAUCAUGCAGAGAUGUACCAAGCUCCGCAGCUGCGACCUCGACAACACCCGCAUCAGUGAUCUUGUCCUCGCCGAGGCCACCGCCAUGGUGGCCAAGCGCUCGAAGCGCUCUACUCAGGCCACCCCCCCCGCCAUCACGCUUUCCCUCGUCGUCUAUGACUGCCAUAACGUGACAUGGGCCGGCGUCCGCGAGGUGCUCUUCCGCAACGCCCAGAUGAAGGCCAAGUCGGUCGGCGUUACUUACCCGAGCGAGAUGAUUGGCCUCAAGUGCUUCUACGGCUUCCAGAUGACGGUCGACGAGCAUCAGAAGCGUGUUAUGCGCGGUGACUUUGCCGCGGCCAGCAGGCUCGAGCGCAAGUGGGCAGACUAUAUGCAGGCUACUGAGGAGGCGGGCGCGGCCGGUGCUGGACAUCGCCGCCGCAGGAGACGAGCGCGAGAGACGCAGGCGCUGCACCUUGAUGAGGAGGAAGGAUUUGGCGGCAGACGACGAGCCCGAACCAUGGGAUCCUGCAGCGUCAUGUAG